UUUUUUUUUUUUGCUUAUAAUCGAGCGGGCCGUUUUUUGUAUUAUUUUUACCGUUCGGUCAAAACGGUCAUUCGCAAAUAAUAUGACGUGAAAAGUACCCGACCGGUCGCGCGUCGUUCUUGUGCACUGCGCGACUAAACUCACCGUCUACCUCGAAGGCGUCCUACCCUUGUCGUCGGCUAUGACUGCGGUGAAACUGAAAACGCCAUUAUAACGUCAAACGAGACCCGGUGGCGUGCCGGUCCGGGGCCAUGGAUAGAGCCGAUCGCUUAGCCCGGAGCCUGGAGUUGGAGAAGGUGUACGUUCACGACGCGUACCAGGAGAUGUACCAGCCGAUGGCGCACAAGACAAAACCGUGGCCGAAAGUCACGCAGUUCCUACACGACCUGGAGCCCGGCUCGCUCGUAUGCGAUAUCGGUUGUGGUACUGGCAAAUACUUGUCCACUAACCCGCACGUGUUCAAAGUGGGGGUCGAUCGGUGUACGAGGCUUACUGAAAUAGCAAGAAGCCAAGACAGCGAGGUGUUGGUAUGUGACAACCUGACAUUACCCUUCAAAGAUUGUAGUUUGGAUGCCGUUUUGUCUAUUGCCGUAAUCCAUCAUUUUUCUACGGCCGAGAGAAGAGUGUGUGCUAUUCGGGAACUAGCCAGGGUAUUGAGGAUCGGUGGUCGAAUUAUAAUCACCGUCUGGGCCAUGGAACGCCGUCAUCGAAAAUUUCAAUCCCAAGACGUACUCAUGCCAUGGCACAAGCCCUGUAGAAAUAUUGACAGCGAGUCGACGGAAUUUUCCACUACUGCCACUACUUCGGACGACGAGUAUACGAGCGUUAGGAAGAAAUCUAAUUCAGAAUCAAUGGCAAGUUCAAAGCUGUGUUGCGAAGGGAAAAGCAGACGUAGAGAACAAUCGGAUUACAAAAGAGGAAUCGCAAGCUCACCGAGUAGUUCUAGUUUAUCGAGCCCGGCUAACGAGACUUGCUACAGCUUCGUCCGGAAAGCAAUACAGAAGCUUGCCGGUUCCAGCAAGAGGGGCAAAGUUACAUCGAAACCGUGGUUCAUGAAUUCCUGGUCGUCGAUUUACGGAAAUGAAUCGCUGCCGGUUUUCCGCUCGGAUCCGGAAGGGUGUGAGACGUGCAGCGAAGACGUACAGCACGUUCCUAUCGAGCUUAGGCGUAUGGAAGAAUCGCCGGACCCGAUCGCGCUGUAUAAAAGGUCACCCGCUCAAAAGUCCAAGAGUUUGGACGAUAUCGCAAACAUUACAGGAAGCCGUAUGGUCCGGUCGAAAUCGAGCAUACCGGAACUGGAGACAUCGGUUCCGUCCACCCUGUGCAAACCCAAACUUGUGAAACAAAAACAGUCGUUGUGCGACGAGGACGCCGAAGAAGACAGGGACAAAGCGACUGACAUGAAAGACUUGGUGAAAAAAUUACCACAAUUCGACGUAGGGAGUGGCUCGAAAAGGUAUAGGUAUAAGAGUAACGAGAUCAAACAGCGGUCGAUGAACGAAGAACUGAUGUCCGUGGAGAGACUCAAGGAAAAGGAAAUCGUGCAGAAAAAUAUCCAGAGGCAGGCUUCGUUGAACGAAGAGCUCAUGUACAAGACUAGCACGUUGGAAUCAAUCAAGGACACGUUACAAUUGCUCAAAACGGGAUUCACGAAGACGUUCAAGAAUCCGUCUAGCCAGGUAUCCGGCAACAUCAAAAGCGGAAUCAGUAGAAUAUUGGGGUAUAAAGAGGGUGGCGACGAGAAGGUUAGCGGAGAAAAGAAAAUCGUGCCACCCGUGCCCGCUUUGGUUUCGACCACGUGUUGUGACGGACGGAGGAGUUCUCGCGAAGACGGCUCCUCGGAAGACUCGUCCAAAGACAGUUUGCAGAGCGACGCCAGUGUAGAUUCAGAAGACAGUCUCAGUAGUUUGGCGUCGGUAAUUUUUGUAAACGCUUCCGGAGGAUCCGACAAGACGUGUUCGCCGCCUUUGGUCGACCAACAAGCUCGAACCGCUCCGUGCACCCCAACGGCUAAGUCGCAAAACCAGUACAGGUCAUCGUCACACCCGAACACGCCGAAAACCGCUCUGGUUCAUCCUUCUCAUUUCAGACUGCCGUCGCGGUUUAACUCCCAGAACGGCAACGAACCGUGCCAUCUGAACUUGUCGUCCGACACCACCACCGAAGACGUUCUGCAACCUAUAAAACUGUCUCCCGUCAAGACGGCCAUCGAGAUGAAACUAAAAAGAGAACAGGAAAAAGAACAAGAAAUUGAGCGCCGGGAUCACGUUUGCGAGGGAGGUGACAGAGACGCGCGGCCCACAGAAAGAAUCAGCGCUGAGAGGUUAAAGCAAAUCCAAGACCUUCUGCUAAACAAAAGACCAAUAAGCGGACGAAAUCGGUUGCCCAAAGCUGAUCGGACAUUUUCGGGAUUGCGAGGAAGGCAUUUUAUAAAAGCCGUAGAAGAAACGUUCCAUCCGGAAAUCGACGACAUGGACAGCGACGCCGAGUCAACGUCAUCCGAUUCUGCUAGUAGCGUUAUUAGCGUGGUAACCGAAGAAGAGCUUAAGACCACGACUACCACAACAGACAAACAAGGUACUCAAGUUGAAGUGGCUGUUGAAAUAACCGUGGCACUGCCGUGUGAGGAAUCUGUUGAACCGGAAACUGCAGCGGUGGAAUCGGCGGAAACGGUACAAAAACUUCCUUUGAAAUGCAUCGUCAACUCGGAUGAAAAUCUUCCUCAGGAGACGCCUGCCAUCCAAGGAGAACGUCCUAAUCGCACGAACAGAUGGAGUCUCCAAGAGAAUCCGAUCAAAAGCACUCCUGUUCGAAGCAGUCAGAGCUUAGGUUCUAUUCCGAAACCCAAGAGGACCAGUAAAAGCUCUAAGGACGAAUUGUCGGAUCUACCGGAAACGUGGGACGAAGAGUGUCAAAAGCAUUUAGCCGAUUUCGCCGAAAGGUUAAACAAAAAAUUGCGUGCCGAAAUCGACGUGGAGCCCAAACUGAGUGACAAGAAACUGUUGCAAGAGGACGACAUGCCGUGCAUACCGGAAAUCGUGACUACCCCGGAACCUUGUGACUCGGAUCAGCUGUCUUCACACCCAACGGAAGACCAGCUGUCGGAACCGUCGUCCGAAGGGCAACCGGAAGACGACACGACCGACUACCACCGCAUCGAAAUACUGGCCGGGUCGGACGUGCCCCGGCGGCCAAGCAUAUCGAUCGAGACACAGGAUUCGGUGGACAAGGUGCUGAGGAGCCGAGAGGGUUUUCGGUCGCGGCACUACCGCAUGUCCGUGGACUCGGUCGAGGAGGGCCGACAUGCGUCUCUCGAACUGGAAUGCGACUCAAGGCGCGACACGGUGUCCAGUAGCCAGGCGUCACUGUUGCGACCGGGCAACUCGCUAGAGUCUAGCGACACAGCCGAUACUCACACGGCAGACACGCAUACAACUACGCAGAGCAUGACGUCGCUGACGUCGUGGAGCGAUUGCAGCAAGGACACGAGGUUCGCGGACAGGCGGCAGGCGCGGUGCGACGGCCGAUCGUCGUCCGAGGACACGGACCCGCGUCGCACAGCCGUGUUGGUUCGGCAGCACGCGGCCGUCGAGCCUCAAGAGAUGCUCAAGAGUGACGACACCAGCCUGUCCACGUCUCAGGAAUCUCUGUCUGAGAACAACGGCGGUUCGAUCACGUUCCACAGGUACUACCAUGUUUUCAGAGAAGGCGAACUCGACCAGCUGAUCGAAAAACACGCGGACAACCUGCACAUCAUAUCGUCCUACUACGACCAGUCCAACUGGUGCGUGAUAGCCGAAAAAGUUCAAGUGUGGACCAUUUGAGAGCUUACCGAACGCGUGACGCUUUCGGGUAAGUCGGAUACAAAACCGAGAACAGUGUGCGCUGACCGUCGAUACCAGCCUACUUUUUCCAAAACCAUAAGAAUUUAACGUUUAUAAUAAAUAAUGCGCAUAGUGCCAAAACAGCUUAACCCACAAGAAAUAAAAUUCUGUUUGAUUUAAUAGAAUGUUUUAGAUUGAUAUGAUAUUUUAAAACUAAUAAGGAUUAUUCCUCAAGCUAACAUUUUCUGAUGGAUGGCAGUUGUUUUUUUGUUUUAGCAUUAACAUUUUAAUAAUUCAUUUUACUGUCAAAAAGACUAACCCAGUGUAGUGGGUUAAUAAAUAGCUUAUAACGCAUGGACGUAUACUCACGAAAGUGUCUUUCUUGUUUUGAAAAAAGUUGAAUGAACUAAAAUAAAAGUUGAACAACAGUCAAAACUUAAUUGUGUAUUUCCGAUAAUUACACUUUUGUGGCUAAAACUGUUUUGGAACUAUGCUCCUCGUAUUAUAUUAAAUAUGCAUCUUACUCGCAUCCGAGUGAUUUUCCACUAUAAUAAUAUAUGAUUUGUGAUCUAAAUAUUUUGUAAUUAUUAAAUAUUAUGAAAAAUAUUAGUAUUAACUUCAUAACGUUAUUUGUUGAUCUUAAACAAAAUGAAAUAUUAAGUAUUCGUAUUGAUCGUUUAGAUCUGAAUAGCCUGAAAGACUUUUCUCAUUUGUGAAACUAUAUACUAUUUAUAAUGUUAUGUUCAUAAAACUGGGUGCUAUCUACUUACUUUCCUAUUCUUUUUUCUAACUCUUCUACUCUGUGUAUUGGAUGUAGACUGAUACUUAACGAAUAUAUUAUCCAUUAUGUGGUUAACUUUACUGAACAUUUUAUGUCUUUCUUGACGUAUAAGCCAUACGCUCAAAAAAUAAGUGUCCUAUCUCGGUCUAGGAUAAUAAUCUUAUUCUAACAAUAAAAAAAACUGUAAUUUUUUACUAAUACAUAUCAAUUUUUUAAAGAUACAACAUUGAAUACAUUCGGUCCAGUGUUUUACUCAACUAUUGUCUUUAAGUUGUUCUAUCUUUACUUACAGUUUAUGUAAGUGAAACAAAUUGAUGUCUCAAUUUUCAAACUUUAUAGCACUUUUACAACUAAAAUACAACUGUUGCAUUAUGCAACAAGUAACUCGAUGACAGCAGUAGAUAAUACAUUUUGGUGGCAGAACAUAACAGUACUCUAUUCAUACUUCUUCCAGUAAUCAAAAACAUAUUUUAAUGUGACAAACGUUUUUUUUUUAUUUUUCGCAUAUGGCACAUUUGACCGGAAGCAGGUUCCCCUGUGAGACCAAUGACCAUUGUGGUGAAUACUAUAAUUAUAUAAAUGUUUUAAAUGUCAAGCGAAAAGUAUUUAGUAGGUUAGUUUUAUAUUUGAAGUUUAAAAUUUCAUUAGAUUUACAUUUCUACUUAUCAUUAAAACGAAUCUAUUAAAAUUCUUUUUUAUAAGUUAAUUUAUAUUAUUUUUUUUAUAAAUUUAAGGCGUCAUUCCAACCCUUGAACAAUGACUGCACUUCAAUCAAUAUUAUUAGGAAAUUGUUAAUGAAAUAUUUUAGACAAACACAGUUUAAGAAAUUAGGGGAAUUAAUAAAUUAUAAGAAAUCAUAGAUAAUAAUACAACAAUACUUCAACAACUCAUAAUACUAACUAUAUGGUCAUUUUUCAUCAUGAAAUCAAAUCUACGAUACAAUUUUCCUAAUAAAUAGUAUGUACAUUGUACAAGUAUCAUUAACUACCUACUUUGAUAAGUUAAUAUGUUUAUAUCUUGGAUACUCGACAUAAGUUUACAUAGGACAUUCUAGUGAUAUGUGAAUAUCGAUUGCCAACAAAAAAAGGGAAACGCUCUACACUAUUUUUUACUUGCCCUUAAUUGUCUUCCAAUUUUAUUACGUUAUAGGUGAAUUUUUUUCAUUAAUUUUUAUUGUUUAAAAGCCGUAUUCUUUUCAGUUUUAUACAUCAUAACUCAUAACAAUGUGUGAAUUAACUCUUUAUCGUAAAAUAUGUUUUGUAAUGUUUUACAACCUAAACUUAAUGUUAAAUGUUCUCUACUAUUGAUGAAUACU